AUGGGUUCCGCAUACACAAUUCUCGGGAAACAAGUUCCUUCGCACGUUCUUGCUCUUCUUACUUUAGGUGCCACUGCCGGUGUUGUUGCCUGGCCCCGUGCUGCUAAGGAAGCUCCAGUUGCCACUCCAGCCGCUGUUCCUGCUGUCAAGGAAGACGAUUUCGACCUUGAAAAGUUGCUCAGUGACUUCACCAAGGAAGAAUCAAAGUAAAUAUGAAUACAAAAAUAGUUUUGAAUAUUGAGUGAGUGUAGAGCCCAUGGGGGAG